GUAAAAGCAAUAAACUGGGCACUGUGAAUACCCGAAUACCCAGCAGAUCCAGCAUCUCGACUGAUCGCUGAUCCAUGUGUGACUUUUGUUUUCGCUGUUCUUGUUGACACUCGGGAGAGGGGUCCAUUCAGUACGGGCAGCUCUCAAUCUGCGAAGCAUCGCAUCGCUGGCUGUUGAUCCUUCUGUAACCGAGCACGCCUGCUAUGACGCAACCCUACACUACACCCGCAAGACCAGUCAACCGCAAGCUUACGUAGCAUUCGCUCGCACCCACUGACGCAGCCUUGGCCGCCUGAAGACAUCUUGAUUGACACAGGCUGUCUGCUCGAUUCGAAGAUUGAUGGCCUGAUAGCCAAGCCGACCAGCAAUGGACAAAUCUGGCCAGAGCGAUCCCGACCUGCCUGGAGACUGGACCCUCGUGCCCACUGAAGACGACAUCAUGGACACAUCCUCUUCGACACCCGGUGCUGCUGGAAGUCGUGUAGAAGACAUCUCCCUAACUGACAACACGACCAACACAAAGCGAGAAAUGACGCUGGCCCAGUCCGUGGACGAGGACGAAGCUGACGCUCACGGCGGCAGCAACCGUGACAGCGACAUCGACAUCAUCGACGAAGACACAGACAACAGCCUCCACUCGAUGAACUCGUCUGCCCUUGGCCACACGUCGCUCAUGAGCUUCAGCGAGCUCUCGGUGGGAACGUCCAGCUCGUUCGGCAACCUGGAGGUGCCGUCGUCCGACUCGCUGGAGCCCGCCAGCUCGGACGCGUCCCUUCCCGCGGAUCUGGAGCUGAGGCCCGGGGUGCGGCGCUACAGGCACGUCCCCAACACGAGGCUCAACUGGUCCCUCACCCUCCUGGCCGUCGUGGUGGCGGCGGCGGCUGUCGGGCUCGGCGUCGGACACUACCUGGGCUGGUCCGACCGCUGGUUCCUGCAGCUGAAGAUGUCUCCCGCGUCGGUGCUGAGGGCUCUCCACAGGGAGCUGGAGGCCUGCGUGGGGCACCAGGACGAGUCACCACACCCCCUCCACACCAGGGACGGGCGGGUCUGUCACGAGGACGACGAGUACUGGGCCAACAAGUUGGAGCGCCUCCUUUUGGAGAAUCCCAGCCUGGGUCAGCUCCUGGGCCAAGAGGCGAGCCGCGUGUCCCUGGGCGAGGCCGGCUACACCGACUGCGACGGGAAGAAAAAAGACGGAGCUCCGCUCGACCUCGUCCUCAACCAAGUUCGGCACGUCAUGUCUGCCGAUUGGGCUACGGUGGGCUUCCUGCUUGCUGACCAAGGGAGGACCAGGGCCCAUUUCAAGAAGCAGCGGGAACGUAGAAGACUUCUUGCCGAGAAGAGAGCCAAAGAAGAGGCGGACGACCUCGUGGCAAACUUGGAGACUAAGGUGAAGUCUUUGAACGAAGAGAAUGAGGAGCUCAAGUCGAGACUGGGCCACGACUCGCUGCGCGAAGCCAUGCUGAUCUCGCUCGAAAGACAAGUGCAGAUGUUGCAGACGGAGAACAGCCAGCUGAAGCAAAAGAUGCAGCAGGUGCCCAGGCACGAGAGGACCCUCGACAGAACUUACGCAAGUCGGGUUUCCAUUCUUCGAGACAAGGUCAACCACCUACUCAUCGAAAACGAAGACCUGAGGGGUGUCGUAGCGCGGCUCCGCUACAGCCGCCCGUUGCAGACGGCAGCGGAAGAGAGGGAUCCUCUUCAGGAGUCGCUGGCAGACCACGCUUCCUCGCUGGAAACUGCGGAAGCACAUGUGGACAAACCAGUCUCGCAGACGACGGCAGUGGACGACGACGGUUUCGUCUUGCAGGCGUCGGAAGCAGACGACGGCGUGUCUGGCAAGACGACCCACGCGGAUGACGAGUUUGAGAAGACAACCGAAGUGGACGGCAGUCCAGAUAACACGGCAGAAACGGACGACAACGUGUUUGAGAAGACGACGGACGAAACGGAGGAAGCUUUAAUGGUGGAAGACUCGAAGCACUGGCGCAGGUUGUACGAGCAGCUGAGAGAGAGCAGGGCCAGGGACAAGACUGGGUCCGUUUGGAAGAAGCUUCUUGGUACGGCGCAGACAUUGUACGACGACAUGGAGACUGCCUUCGACGCUAGCCUAGACUCCCUGUUCCGGUACGUGAAGGACAGCGCCGAGUUGGCCGGGGACUUGACUCCACGCCUCCAGGAGCUGGUGACCAAGAUGCGCGAGGAGGUGGCAAAGAAAAGGGCGGAGUUUCAGGAGUACAUGGAGCAAUCCAGUCAGGAUCGAGAUGAAACUCACGGCGCCGCAGUCUCGCGCACGAUUAAGCUUCUCGAAGGCUCUCUGAAGAAGGUCUUUCAGGUCGGGGCAAAGUUCAUGGCCAAGGGCAAAAAGGUGACGGAAGCCAAGGCGGACAAGCUUUUCGAGAAGCUUUCGAAGGUGGCGCUGGCUCUGGGAAGGCGCUGGGAGAAAGUGGCGACUCCCGGGGAUGCACCGAGUGGCGGUGCCGAGACGGCGGCUCGGAAGAAGCUGGAAGAGGAAGGCCUCGGAAAGCGGGCGAUGGAUUUGGUGGAGGAGGAGGAGAAGAAAGAGCGGGAGGACUGGUUCAGCCGCCGUGCCAAGGGAAGAGAGCGUCAGCGUGGAGAAGAGAGCACGGCAGAGACCGAGAACUGGUACCUCAAGAGGCAGAACUGGCGGAGAGAAGCGGUCAAAACGACCGCCAAGCCGACCAAGUCUCGAGCGGACAAGAAGACCAGGAGGAACUCCUCGCGGGACCAUCGACACCCUUCGUUGACAUCCGAAGAAGACGAGACGAGUUACCGCGCGCGCUGACGGAACGGCUCGGCCGCUUUUUAUGGAAAGGACGCAACUUGUCUUUGCCCAUUUGUGCUCGAUAUUUAAUUUGUAUCUUUGUGGCUAUUGCAGUUGACAAAUUGGCCUUUUAAAUUUAUCGUGAGGCGUAGCAUUGAAAUUUGCAGGGCCAUUGGGAGGAGUAGCGAGACGUAGUAUGUUUCCAACUCUCGAGAAGCUUGGCCAACCUCCCCGCCGUACAAGCUGUGGGAGUUCAGCGUGGCGAUAGCCCACCUGCGUGAUGUACCAUGAAAACUAGGCCUGUCCUAUAACACAGCGGACGCUUUUUUGCAUUUAGUUCCGGCAGCUGCACGAUUGGUUUGAGGGAAUCGAAGCCUGCCCAAUCACGAGCCUUCUUGUCAGAUCAUGGUUGUGGUGCUGGAACCAAGACUAUUGUCCGAAUCUCCAACUUUGGGAGCAACUUUUCUGGGAGGCAGAGACUCGGGGGACCAGCAAAGGAAGCAAGUCUGAGCAUGAAUUGUUACUGACCAACGUAUGGUCGCCCAGUGCUCACGGAGUUAAAGGCUUCGUAACACUGAAUGGAGCCACCCUAAGGCUGGCCGUCAUGUGCAGCUUUCCGAUAGAAAAAGACAGCUGGGAGAAACUUGCCCGUGGCUUGAAACAGCUUCUACAAACAUGCUAAACAGAAUGGCACCUCAUGAAUGUACAGUCAGCUAAUUAUACAAUUGUGCGAAUCCAAGGUUGUAAGCCGCUCUUGUUGGUACCAUUACGGCCGACAAGAUGAAAUGCUGGUCCCUAUAUAUACAUUCAGUGACCCUAUGGGUUUUCUUCCGUUCUUCCACGGGAAUGUGUCUGCCUCUCCAUUUUUCCAGUGUCUUUCAGAAGCGCAGGACCAUUUUUUUAGGUUUUUUCUUACAAAGAAAUAUGGGCCAGUUUAGCUAUCAUUGUUUUUAGCUGGAACCUAGAUCUGCGAGUAGGCUUUUUUUUUUCUAUACCGAGGUUCUUGGCAGGCUCUAUGUUCUUUGUGUUGGCAAUGAGCGACUAGCUGUCUGCAUCGUGUGCGACACAGUGUUUGUAUAGUAACGUCCACGUUUGUGAUUUUUAUUGGACAGUAUUGCACGUUCUUAGAGAUUUAUGUCGUUAUCUAGUGGUGCAGGUGUUCAGCUGUGGUACUUGGCUGGCUUGUGUCCUCUGUUUUAGCGUUCCACAAAGGUUUACAUUCUCGAUGGGGCCCCUUGGCCAAGCUGUGGCUCUGCAGCCAAAAACCCUGUGCCCUGCCUCUAAGAGAGGUUUGCCUUUUAUUUAAUUGAAGAGCUAGGCUUAAAGUGCGUGCGCAGCAGUUGUUUUAUCUCCAUGUAAAUAUGUAAAUUGAGCGCGUGGGUGUCCCCAGGAUUAAAACCUGCAUUACAAUC